CUUGUCAGUCACCUGUGUUUGAGCCUAUCGCUUCACGACAUUCCCGUGCGCUGCGCUCGCGGCGAUCCAAAGGAGGAGACGCGAUGUAUUAGCUGGAAAAAAUUAAAGGGGCGAAAAAAAUUGUAUAAGAGCGACGGGCCCCUUUCUACGUUAGCGCUGGCUAGCUAGCGCAACGGCUAGGAAAAGCCGUCAUUUAUUGAAAUUGCCAUGCGAUUAAUAUAGCGCUCGGCUCUUUUCUAAGCAGCCAGCUCGUUGGGUAAGGAGCCGCAGAGUGUUUGAACUGCUAGCUGGAGACACAGGCAUUUUUGCAUAAGCGCUUUGCUUUCCUCGAUUCAUGUCGAUAGAGCGCCUGCCGUCCAGGUUGCCGGGAAGCCACACAGCUCAUGGACACACUUGCGGCCGCUUUGUCUCGUUGCAGUCGCGCUCGGGGCUCGCCGCUUCUGGGGCGCUCCGUUUAGAGCGAACGGAAAGACUCGAGCAGCACGGAUGAGGCGCCGGUGCGAUUCGUCCCGCAGUCCCCGGGACCCGAGCUGCUGAGCGCGCACGGAGGGAGGGAGCGGCCGCCACGCGGAGAUCGAGAUGCGCCGUUAGCGGGCGCGGGGAAGCGUUCGCUCGUGCUGCGGUGUCUGUCACUGUCAGGCGGACUCUGCGCGUCGCUCCGGGAAGCGGGCGCUAGGCCGUCGGCCUCCUUCGCUGGAAACGGAGCCUGCUUUCUGCGCGGUCCGCUCCGUGUCGCAGCGUCGCCUCCCAGCGCGUCCGUGUCCGAGUCCGUCUGCAGCCGGGCGGACAGCGGGGCCGCUCCGCUCCGCAAGCAGCGGCGAUGACUUUGGAGUCCAUGAUGGCCUGCUGCAUGAGCGAGGAGGCCAAGGAGUCGAAGCGCAUCAACGCAGAGAUCGAGAAGCAGCUCCGUCGGGACAAGCGCGACGCCCGGCGGGAACUGAAGCUCCUUCUUCUGGGUACCGGAGAGAGCGGAAAGAGCACCUUCAUCAAGCAGAUGCGCAUCAUCCACGGAGCUGGCUACACAGAUGAGGACAAGCGUGGUUUCAUAAAGUUGGUGUACCAGAACAUCUUCACCUCCAUGCAGGCCAUGAUCCGGGCCAUGGAGAACCUCAAGAUUCUGUACAAGUUUGAGCAGAACAAGUCAAAUGCGUUGCUUGUGAAAGAAGUGGAUGUGGAGAAGGUGAUGGCCUUUGACACCAUGUACAUCAGCGCAAUAAAGACGCUGUGGGCAGACCCUGGCAUCCAGGAGGCCUACGAUCGCAGGCGAGAGUACCAGCUCUCGGAUUCCACCAAAUACUAUCUAAGCGAUCUGGAUCGUAUCGCCGACCCAUCCUAUCUACCAACCCAACAAGAUGUGCUUAGGGUUCGCAUCCCAACCACAGGGAUCAUUGAAUACCCUUUCGACUUGCAAAGCAUCAUUUUCAGGAUGGUGGAUGUGGGCGGCCAGCGGUCCGAGCGCCGGAAGUGGAUCCACUGCUUUGAGAACGUGACCUCCAUCAUGUUCCUCGUGGCCUUGAGCGAGUAUGACCAGGUCUUGGUGGAGUCUGACAAUGAGAAUCGGAUGGAAGAGAGUAAAGCCUUAUUUAGGACAAUAAUCACAUAUCCUUGGUUUCAAAACUCCUCUGUCAUCCUGUUCCUGAACAAAAAGGAUCUUUUAGAGGAGAAGAUCAUGUAUUCCCACCUGGUGGACUACUUCCCAGAGUUUGAUGGUCCCCAGAGAGAUGCUCAAGCAGCUCGAGAAUUCAUCCUGAAGAUGUUCGUGGACCUGAACCCCGACAGCGACAAGAUCAUCUACUCCCAUUUCACCUGUGCCACAGACACCGAGAACAUCCGCUUUGUCUUCGCUGCUGUGAAGGACACCAUCCUGCAACUCAACCUCAAGGAGUACAACCUGGUGUGAAAGCAAGGAGAGAGAGCGUGGGAGGCUUUGACUUGAGUCCAUCACAGACCACAUGCACACGCAGACAAAACUGCAUGCCCGACAUUUGCCAUGCUUGAUCCGCACGCCACCUCGACACCCCAUUCAUCCUGUCUGUCCUCCAUCGGACGGAUCAAAACUCGGUUUCACUGCAGCCUCCCAGAGCCCUGCUGCCUGCUGCGCCGCCGAACCUUUGCCAUACCUCUUCCACCUGUGUGCAGCUUUGGAUGGAGGUUCCCUCCUUCCCUCCACCCUGGGUUGAGAUUUCUAACUUAAUGCAUGGUGCCAUUUGUU